AUGACUCAGUUAGUGGAAGAGAAAUACGUUGAAAUAUUUGAUGGUGUUUUAGCAGAGUUGAUGAAAGUUGUAGAUAUACUUAAACAAGAAGACUUUAUUAAUGACGAGAGUCAACUUCUGUCUUCAAUAAAGUCAAUUUUUGAGCAAGUGGUUUGGGAGGAAGAGAAGAAACUAGAAAAAGACCUCAGAAAACAAAUUUGCCAAAAAGCAGUUCACAUAGUAUCACAUGGUAUAGAGGAAUGGGUGUGUGAUCCCAGGCAGGUGCAGGUUAAAGCAGUGAUUUUCCUGCAAAGAGUAAAGCUGAGAGUUAAAGAAGAGCUUGAGAAAAACCCUGAGCUCAGAUAUUUUGUCAUUAAUGAAAUGAUGAAGGAGGAAGAAGGCAUUGACAAGAAAAAAGAAAAGGAAGAAGGCAUUGACGAGAAAAAAGAAGCAAAAAAAGAUGGAAGAUUGGUUCAUCAUCAGUAUUUGGCCCUUCGUCAAGCAGCUGUGACAAUGCAAUCAUACUACAGAGGAAACCAGACUAGGAAAAUGAUGUUGCUGAAACAAGAAAGUGCCAGAAGAAUUCAGUCAUGGUACAAAGGACGAAAACAACACAUACUGUAUAUAGAACUAAGAAAAUCAGUCCUUAUCUGUCAGAAAACUUACAGAGCUUGUAGGUUAGCACAGUCAGACCGAAAGAAGUUCUUGGUCCUUAAAGGUGCUGCUCUUACUAUUCAAGCAUAUUAUAAAGGUUACAAGACAAGAUGCAUAUACCAAAGAAUGAAGCAGGCCAUAGUUUUGCUCCAGUCUGGUUCUAGGGGUUUUCUAGAAAGAAGGAGGCUAAAGAAACUUCAUAAAGCUGCGACUAUAAUACAGCGAAUGAUAAGGAACCACAGGCACAUUAAGCUUGUCAAGGUUAGUCUUGGACCAACUUUGAAAAUUUGA